AGAAAAGUUUUUUCUUCAUAUUUUUCUCUCUUGCUUAUUUCAUCACAUGGUAUUAGAGCACAGUCAACUCUUUUAUUUCUUUAGGAUUUUGUGUUUUUAAUUCUCUACAUCAGCAAUGUUUCGUGCCGACCAGCAUCACUUGUUUCACUUCUUAGACCAGCACCGUUUCUAGUCGUGUUUGUUCCGAUCGUGUUCCACUCGCAAAUUAGUUUCGGAUUUGGUUGCUGUGAUUGCUGCUGUGUGUCCGAAAUUCCCGCUGCACAGAUCUUUGCCGUCCGAAAUCGCUCCCAUCUUUUCCAGUGUUCUACUUCGACCCGGUGUUCUGCUCGGUCAGAUUUUCUUUUCUUACAAGAUAUCCUUUUUUAUUUAAUUAUGGAGAAAUCUAAUAUUUUGCAACCAAUUUCAACCAUUCUCAAUGGUUCAAAUUAUGUACUAUGGGCUCAAAGUAUGCGCAGUUUCUUGAAGGGUCGAAAAUUAUGGCUGUAUAUUACUGGUGACAUUACACUUCCACAUAAGGUUACUGAUGAGACAGAUAAGGAGUAUGUUGACCAUCUAGAGGAUUGGGAUAGCAAAAACCAUCAAAUCAUCACUUGGUUUCGUAACACCUCAAUUCCUUCCAUUCACCUUCAGUUUGGACGGUAUGAAACAACUAAGGAAGUGUGGGAUUUGCUUGCAGCCAGGUAUACCACUUCUGAUUUAUCCAAUCAAUAUCAAUUGUGGGAAGAGUUACACAAUUUGAAACAAGAACGUGGAGAGUCCAUUACUAGUUUUUAUGCUAAGAUGGAGGCUAUUUGGGAUCAGCUUGCUCUCUCAAAACCAACCUUCAAUGACACUAUUGAUAUUGGGGAGUACAUUGAGUAUCGUGAUAAAAUGAGGUUAAUUCAAUUUCUUAUGGAACUUGUUGAUGAUUUUGAACCAUGCAAAGCCUCUCUAUUGUAUCAAUCUCCUUUACCUACCUUGGAUAGUGCUCUCUCACGAUUAUUAUCUGAUGAAACUCAUCUAGGCUUACUUAAGCCUCAACGAGAUACUACUAUGGCUGUAGCUGUCAACAAGUUUCCUUCGAGUAAGAGAGGACAGAAGUAUUGCCGGCAUUGUAACAAGUGCGGGCAUGCUAUAUAUGAAUGUAGUUUGGUAGAAUGUCAUAAAUGCAAGCAGAAAGGCCAUAUUGCGCCUAAUUGUACUACUUCACUACCUCAAAGAUGUGAUCAGUGGAAGACCCAAUCAAAGCCUGAUCAGUCUUCCAAGCCUGUGGUUGUUGCAGUUGCUGCCAAUGAGGAUACCUCAGUCCAUCCUUCGAUUGGUAAUCUAGAAACCCUUCUUAGACAAAUGAUAUCAUCUUCCUCUACAUCUACUGCCUUGCCUACCAUCCCAGGUAAAGUUUCUUGGAUUUUUGACUCGGGUUGUUGCAAUCAUAUAACUUCAAACUCUACACUUUGUUCUACAUUAACUCCUAAUACCAUCACACCUCCUAUCCAUAUUGCUGAUGGUUCACAAAUGCAAGUUAGCCAAUAUGAUCAAGUUUCUACUUCUACCUUUACCUUACCAAACACUUUCUUGAUACUAAAACUUACUUUCAAUCUUAUUUCUGUGGGACAACUGUGUGAACUUCGUCUUGAACUAAUAUUCUCUACUCAUGGUUGUCGUAUGCAGGAUCCACAGAUGAGACAGAUUCUUGGGACAAGUCGUAAAGUUGGACGUUUGUUUGAGCUCACCUUCUUGCAAAUCCCUUCUAGUUACAUUUCCCAGUUGUAUGCAGUCUCAACAUCUUCCUCUUUGCACUUGUGGCAUCUUCGUCUUGGUCAUGACUCUAUUAGUAAACUUCGUCCUUUAAUUCAACAAUGGGUCUUUAGGUUCUAUUAAAGAAGAGUCUUUGCAUUGUGUCUCGUGUCAAGUUGCUAAACAGCCUGCUUUAUCUUUUAAUAAAAGUGAUUCCAUUUC